GUCAACCUGGAGCCUGGUGGGAUUUGAUCUGCCCAAUUGCAGUCAGCCGGCAGUCAGCAGAAGUCGCCUGCAGUACUGCACUCUAACCACUGCGCCCCUGAGGCUCUUGGUGAGGUAGGAGACCCCCAGGAUUACCAAUAUCAUUGCUUCUGCUCCUUCCCAUUUGCAACCCAGCAUCACAUUCACUUCUUAAGCUAAGCGGUGGAGUUGUUGUAACAAUUGUCCGUCUGCAAUUGAAAACUUUCUGCUUCUUUGGGCGGCCAUAGCAAACUCCCUGAAGUUCACCUGGGGUGAUUUAACCCAGACUUGCUGGCCAUGGAUUGGCAAUUGAGACCCAGGAAGCCAGUGGGGAAAAGGGCCAGAAGCUCCUUGCAGAAGCUGCUGGAUGAACAGGUGGAAGGUAAGAAAAAGGAGGCCUGCUUGCCUGCCAACACCUGUGUCCCACCUCUCAAGUUGGCUGCUCAUGGCAAAUGGGGAGGAGCCUCUCUGUCCGUGAGGCAGAAGAGGCAGCAUUCUGGUGUCAUGGCAACCGUGUCUUAACAGGGGCUGGCAACCGAGCACUAAGUCAACACAGAACCUUAGCAGAAGAUUAGUGCUGCAACCCUGGGCACCGCAGAAUGAAAGGGACACCCCAUUUCCGUCUCAAACAGAGAAAGGAAGCAACUCAGCGAUCCCAAGACCCAGGGAGAAGUUCUUCGGGCCAGCUUGUGUUGCUUCUCCUUUCUGUCAUCACCCUGCCUUCUUCUGGAGGAGCCGUUGCAGGUUGCGGCAGACAAGCCAGCCUAGUUCCCACAAACUCUGGCCAAGACGUGGCUGCUGUCGGUGAAUUCCCUUGGCUGGUCUCGCUGCAGGACCAGGGCAGCCAUGUUGCGCUUGGUUCCAUCCUAAGUCAAGACUGGAUCCUAAGUGCAGCCUCCAGUUUCCACCACAGCCUUGCUGUUUCUUGCUGCCCCUUCUUUGUUUCCAGGACCCAGAUCUCCGCUUUGGCUGGACGUUUGGAUCCCAAAGGGCCUGGGGAAUCUCUGGUGCCCAUCCAGACCAUCAUCCCCCACGAGGCCUUUGACGAGAUAACCCUGGUGCACAACAUUGCUCUGCUGAAGACAAGCACUCCACUCCGUUUCAGCGUGACCCUGCAGCCCGCCUGCUUCCCCACCCCAGACUUCCCAGGGGCAGCGCUGAAGAAAUGCUUUGUGGUCGGCUGGUUCUCUACUUCCCUUGGCUCGCCAGGGGUCAGUCGUCUGCGGAGACUCUCGGUGGAAGAUGUGGACCCCUGCCCCCUGCACAGAACCGUCAGGACCGAGUGUUGCAGCCACCGGGAAGGUGACCGAGUGCCCGGAUGCCUGGGGUCAGCCGGCAACCCGGUCCUGUGUGAGGCGGAAGGAAGGCGGGUGCUGAAGGGCCUGCUGAGCGAAGGGGGCACCAGAUGCUAUGGGCCCUUCCUCUACAGCCGGCUCGUCUACUACAGUGACUGGAUCGUGGCCACCACGGCCAAGUGGAGGGCUCCAGCGUCCCCCUUUCCUGGCCAAAGGUAUCCUCCCCUUGGGGGCCCAGCGGAGGAACAGGCGAGGCUGCUGUUUGAGCCCUUUCUGGCGCUGAGAGCCCUGAAUGUCUCCGAUGGUUCAGAAGAACCCCUCGGCCUGAACCUGGAGCUGGAGGAGGGCGGCCUGGCCCCCCCCAAAGGGCCCCCCGAGGCACGAGGGAAACUUCCGCUCUACUAUGACUACUACGGGGGGGAGCUGCUCGCCAUCCCGUCAGCAGAGCCCGGCCAGCCCCAGGGGCUGCAGGGCCUCCUCUGCGGGGUCCUCCUGCUGCACCUCCCGGCUUCCUGAACUGCUGGGCAACCCGACUGUACCUGGGCCCCGAGACCCGAUUUCUCCUGGGAGGCCCUUUGACCCUCCUCGGUCUCCUUGCCCCCCGAGCACGAGAGGGAAGAACACAAAGCACCAACAACCCCCAGGAAGCUUCAGGACAGCCUGCCUUUGCAGGCCUCGUGCAGGGCGCCGGCCCAUGGACAGGUGUCCCCGUCCAUUAAAUCCCCUUUUUCUGUGUGUCCUAUCGCUGAUGAGAUGUCCUUUACUUGAGCUUUUGGCCAGGACGGAGAGCUGCCUGUUGCUAGGCUGGGACCAGUGGUCACCACGUGUUUAUGAGCCACCCUCACCCCCCCCAUAAUCCCCAAAGGUGGGGAUUCCUGCGACACCCUGUGCCAGCUAUGGAUUUGGUCCUCCACUUUGCACUUAGGGCGUAACUCUGAGCUGCAAUCUCAUGCCCGAGACCUUUGGAUCCCCC